CAAUGUACAAUGUAGACGGGAUCCGAGGGAUAGGCGAUAGGUAACUGUGCCCGGCAAGGGGCCGACUCGGCACGGGCUGACCCAGACUCCGAGUCUCCAAGAUGCCACGGCUUUGAUUGGCCCGUUGCUCCCAAUCAAGAAAAUCAAGAGAGUCAAGAAAACCACUACGGCGGGACAGCCCACUAAGGCAGGCUAAGACAGAAGCUAGGACUCGUUCUCGUCGCCUCACGCUCGGCUUGGCCAGACCAGGAACAGCCAGCCAGCCAUCUCAUCUUGACAGAUCUGCUUCGUCAUCCGUUAUCCGCCAUCCGCCCCCCAGGCGCUUGUCAGAGCCGUGGCCGGACACACGCACUGAUUGAUGUCUCCGUUGCUUAGCCCCGUCCGUAUAUAACCUGGCGAUGGUGUCAGUCAGCCGCCUCGCCUCCCUUCCGAUCCGGCAUGCUCAAGAACCCACCCUCAUUCCUCUUCCACUUGAGGAAACUCGUCUCCACCAUUGCCCGGACUCAACAGGUCGAUUCAUCUUCCGCCACCAUCGCCACCUCUGCUGCUACCGUCACCACUUCGGCCAUUGCCUCUUCUCCCAGGUCUCAUAGCAUGUCCGCCGCGGAAGCAGCUGCAUCUGUCUCAUAUCCCAGUCGAGAGCACCAGUCACCACGCACCGCGCAAAACACCCAACCCACAGCACCAGCCGGCAGACCGCCACCACGACAGCCCGGCAUGGCAUUCUUUCCCCUCGGCUAUAAAGAUGCUGUCCAGCAAUGGUGGACCAGUGUGACUCCCACCGUCGCAGAGCGGAACGUAAUAUCAUGUAUACCCUACCUACGAGAAGCCAUUGCCGCCGAUACCAGUCCGUUAGCCCGGGUUCCGUCCGCCGAAGACCCUGGUCAGACCGCUACAUCUGCUCAGAACGACCCAUUCGGACCGCGUAUGUGGAAGUCGACUAUGGUAGAACUAUCCGGCAAGAACCGCGGAAUCAACGAAUUCUCCAUUGAACGUGUCGGUGAGCCCGUCGACGAUGCCCUAGUCAUGCUCCAUGGAUACGGCGCAGGAUUAGGUUUCUACUACAAGAACUUUGAGCCAUUGAGCCGACUGACAGGUUGGAAAAUAUACGCCUUGGACUGGCUAGGAAUGGGCAAUUCGAAGCGGCCACCGUUCAAGAUUACUGCUAAAGAUCCCAAAGAGAAGACCACAGAGGCCGAGAACUGGUUCAUUGAUUCGCUGGAAGAGUGGCGGAAGAUCCGCAAACUCGAGAAAUUCACCAUUAUCGGCCACUCACUAGGCGGCUACUUAGCUGUCUCUUAUGCACUCAAAUAUCCCGGCCACAUCAAGAAGCUCAUUCUCGCAUCUCCCGUUGGUAUCCCCGAGGACCCGUACGCCAUGAACGCUGAAAUGCCCGAGCCUUCGGAAUCGACAUUCCAGGAUGAAUUCACGGUCGACCAGCAAGCAACGACGACACACCACGACAAUGACAACAACAACAAACUAUCUGGCACCAAUGCUCAACCAAUCGGCACAGAACCGAACACGCCCAAGAAAAGGCCUUAUCCAAGCUGGCUCGUCUGGCUCUGGGACGCCAACGUAUCCCCCUUCAGCAUCGUGCGUCUCGCAGGCCCUCUCGGCCCACGUUUCGUAUCAGGCUGGACAUCGCGCCGUUUCAACCACCUACCCUCCGAAGAGAAGCAAACCCUGCACGACUACGCCUACAGUCUCUUCCGACAAAAAGGCAGCGGGGAAUACGUCCUCCCUUACGUCUUAGCUCCAGGCGCGCACGCCCGCAGACCCGUAAUCAACAGGAUCCACUCCGUUGGACGACAGACCAUCUCUCCCGCCACGUCUUCCGCCCCAGCAGUCAAAGAACACGGGUUUCCGAUCGUGUUCAUGUAUGGCGAGAACGAUUGGAUGGAUGUCGCGGGCGGUCUAGCGUCUGAGGAGAAGUUGAAAGAGGCCAAGAUUAAGGUGUUGGAGAAAGCUAGUGAGGAAGAAAGGAGGAAGGAGAAUGGCUCGUGUAAGGUCGUUGUUGUGCAAAAAGCGGGUCAUCAUUUAUAUCUGGAUAAUCCCGAGGAGUUCAAUGAGUAUGUUAGGAAGGAGAUGGAGGAUACGAGAAGGGAGACGUUGAAGGGGAACACUGCGUCGUGAGCUUGUUUGGCCUUGGGAAGGCUUUGAGCUAGGUGUUGGUUUGUUGGUUGAUAUGCAUUGCGUGGCGUUUAUUAUUUUCUUUUCAAUUACCAUAUCAUAUCAUAUCAUAUUAUAUUAUAUAAUAGAUAGGCGUAGAUUGGGCGGAGGGUUGUUUACAUACUUAGGUAGGCAUUGUGUCCUACUUUAGAUACUUACUUAGUUAG